AUGGAGAGCAGCGCCGAGAUGCUGUACGGUCUGAUUCACCAACGCUACAUCACCUCGCGCCAGGGCAUUCAACAGAUGGCCGAGAAAUACGAAGCCGGCCAUUUCGGUGCCUGCCCACGCGUCUACUGUGGUCAAGCAAAGGUCUUGCCCGUCGGCUGCAGCGAUAUCCCCGGCCAGGAGACGGUCAAGCUCUUCUGCCCCAGCUGCCUCGAUGUCUACACACCGCCCAACAGCCGUUUCCAGUCCGUCGAUGGCGCCUUCUUUGGCACAACCUUUGGCUGCCUCUUCUUCAUGACCUUCCCCGAGCUGCGUGUCGGCGGCACCUCCAUCUCCUAUGGCCCCACUCCCGAACAAAUCUCCGACUUCUCCUCGACCACUGCCACUCACCGCAAACGCCGCAGCAGCCUCACAAACGCCUCGGACACUUUCAGCUCUGCCCCGCCGGUCGCUGCACAACCCUCCCCUCUGCCCACACAACCCGCCACCAUCAACGGCUUUGCAGCAGAAAACAUGGCUCCCGGUCUGGGCAAGUCCAACAUUUACGAACCCCGCAUCUACGGCUUCCGUGUUAGCGAAUUUGCAAAGAGCGGUCCUAGAAUGAAGUGGCUACGCGAGAAGCCCGUCGACCUGAACGAGCUGGACGAGGUCGCCAUCUGGGAACGGGGGAAUGUUGGUCCAACAAGGGAGGACGAUGAUGUCGAGUUGAUGGAUGAAGAGGACGAUGACGACGAGGAUGAAGAAGCACAAGACGAGGAGGAGCCCUUGCAAGGUGCUGGGGAGACUGAAAGACGGAAAGGAGUCGCGAGACGAACCGCCGCCGCCGCAGAUGAAGGCGGUGCCAAGAUCGGCAGUGCUGGUUGA